AUACGAACAGAGAACAGAACAACUUCAACACGAGCGGCUGCUGGACGUGUGCGAAAGUAAAGCGCAUAGAGUGCGAAACGCAAGCGAGAAUAUAUAGAGAAAGGCUAAAGCGGGGCAUACACACAAACACACAAACACUCAAACACACACACACACCCACAUAAGUAGAAAUUAAUGAUACACAAAUAAGUUGAAUGCGAAAAAGCAAAAAAUUGAAAGCCUAACUCAAUAACAGUAAUUUAUAGUAAGGCUUGUUGUUUGGAUUGUGCGUAAAAAGGUUUUGCGAUUUUGUGCAACAAUAAAGUAGGUUAAAUACGAAAGCUUUUCGAAAAUUAAUUCUUUGGAGGUCGCUCGUAAAAGCGUUAUUUAGUAGUGAAAAAAGCGUUGCAGACGUCGGCUGCAUGUGUGUAUGCGGCGGGGCAGCAGUGAAAAAAUGCAGUGCAGCAGCAAAAACAAAAACGAAGCAAAGCAAAUGGCUUGAUAGGCGACUAAAUAUAUAAAAAUUUCAAUUCAAUUGAAAGAUAACCAAAAACGAACGUGAUAUUUUAUACCUGUGGCCUGUUUUUAAGCAUAGCCAAAAACACACUCACAAGGACACACUAGAACACACAUACACAAGCGACACACACGAACACACACGCAAACUAUAUAGCAAUAUAUGCCCAUUGAGUGCCUUAUAUCAUUUGAUAAUAAUCCACAAGGUGUCUACUAUGCCGGACAGGAGCUAUCUGGCGUUGUUGAUCUUAGCGUCGAUGCCACCAAGCGCAUUAAAGGCAUUCAUGUCACCGUCAGCGGUUAUGCCAAGAUACGCUGGAUAAAAAAGGGAUAUCCGCGGGACAGCGAACGCGCCAUGUGCCGUGCCUAUCGAUCGUAUCUAUCAUCGAGAUCGUAUGUCCUUGGCUCGUGUGCGGGCAACUCGUGCAUCGAUUGGCUGGCCGGCGAAUAUUCGUACACGUUUCAUGUCAUACUGCCCGACAAUCUGCCCACAUCCUUUGAUGGCAAAUAUGGCCAGAUACAUUAUGAGAUUAUAACGACGAUCGAACGAUCGGGUCGCUACCCGAAGGUGUUUAAGCUGCCAUUUACCGUGAUACAACCGUUGGAUCUGAAUGCAGAUGCUAUUUACAGGGUGCCGCUGGAGAUACUCGAUCGCAAGCGCUUCUGGAGCUUUUGCUGCCCAACCGGGCCACUGACGGUCAAAUUUUCAACACCCUAUUGCGGCUAUGCGCCCGGCCAGAAGAUACAUUUUGUGCUGUACAUCAACAACGAGUCGUCGAUCGAUAUAACCGAAUGCGAAGUUAAGCUGAAGCAGGAGGUUAGCUAUGAAUCGCACGAUCCGCAGCACGAGUAUCGCUACGAUAAGCAUCUGAUAGCUUUAAAGCAGUUCGGCAACGUGUUGCGCUGGUCGAGAAAAGUCUACAGGGGAUAUUUGGAUCUGCCCUCGAUACCGCCGACAUCGGUGAAGCCGACCUGCCCCAUUAGCGUUAACUAUUCGAUUAAGAUCAUUGUGAAUCCAACCGAAUUCCAUUGGAAGCUGAAACUCAAAAUACCGCUGACCAUCGGCAGCAUACCCAUCAUGGAUGGACCCGAUGCCCUGAUGCGUUUCAAUCGACGGCAGCAGCAGCAUCAAGUAGUUAGCCAACAUUUUCAAAUGUCAACGCAGCAGAACCAAAGGCAACCACCACAGCAGCGAAGCCAACCAAACAGCAGCAGCAGUGGCAACAACAACAUCAACAGCAACAAUCAGGCAACACAGGCCAUGCAACGCUCGGGUGCAACACUGCCGGCCCAAACGAGUCCUUCAUCAACGCCAACGACUGCCGCCCUGAGGCCCAUGGCCGCCAUGCCAGCAAUAUUAGUGACCAGCGAUAGCGAUAGUCCCCCAGAUUAUAUACCCAUGAUGCCGCCCUCGUACGAAGAUGCCAUGGCUCUGAGCGAAAAAUUUAGCGAUGAUAUUGAAUUCCUCACAAAUGUUAGCAUGAGCAGCAUUAUGUCCGCUCAGGGCGAUGUAACAAGUGAGCGUGAGCCCUUUAAACCGCGUUACCCGGUCUAUUACGAUUAUGAGACACCGACCAUACCGCCCGAGACUCUCUACAGUGAAACCUCGAAUACACAACUUCGCUGUGGAGUGCAGCAGGAAGGGGUCUUGGCAACGGAUGCAAAUGGACCGAAUACCCAAGGAACUGCUGAGCCAUUGAACUAUGAGAAGAAAUAAUUGAAGA